GGUCACGUCGACAUCGCCCGCGCCCUCCUCGACCACGGCGCAGCUGUCGACACGCAGGAGAAGGACGGAUGGACGCCGCUACACCUUGCUGCACAAUUCGGCCACGUCGACACCGCGCGCGCCCUUCUCGACCAUGGUGCAGAUGUCGAUAGGCAAAACAAGAACGGCUCGGGGCUCACGCCGCUA